AUGAUUCUUCACUUGUACUGUUGCUUCUCCUCCCCUUCACUUCCCCUUCUCCCUAUUCAUUCCUCCCUCAAACACACCCCAUUCUGCUUCCUCCUUCCCGCCAAGAGCACCACCCACCGCACAGCACCUCCGCCUUCCUGGAACCUCGCUGCCUCUGCUCAGAAUCAGGUCUCCAAGCCGACCGACGGAGGGGGGUUUAGAGCGUCGGAGCUUCUCGAUGAAGAGCUACUGGGUCGGGUUUCGACAGCCGGAGAUGCGGCCGAGGCGCUGCUUCUCAUUGCGGAGGAGCGGCGAGGUGGCGGCUUCGUGAGUGUUUCUGACUGUCGUUUGAUUAUCUCGGCGGCGCUUGAUCGUGGCAGCGCUGAGCUGGCACUCUCCGUGUUCGCCGCUAUGCGCGCGAGCUUUGACUCUGGGUGGGGUGAGAAUUCAACUUCCGAUGAGAAAUGGAAGUGGUCAAGACCUGAUUCACAUACCUAUACAUUAUUAGCCAAGGGGCUUGCAGCGUCAUUAAGGGUUUCAGAUGCCCUUAGAGUGAUUGACUGUGUUUGCCGAGUGGGAGUGUCUCCUGGUGAAGAGGUACCUUUCGGUAAGGUUGUGAGAUGCCCUAGUUGUAUGAUAGCUGUUGCUGUUGCUCAACCACAACAAGGCGUUCAGCUUGUUUCCUGCUCGAAAUGCCGCUAUCAGUAUGAACUAGUUUCAGGAAACAUUUUGAACAUAGAUUCGGAAGAAAUUAGCAUGGAAGUUCCUGCAUGGAGACGAGGGCUACAGUUUCUGCAAAUAAUGAAGCAAAACAUUCCAGCUGCUGUGCACUCCAUUGUGGUGGAAACCCCGUCUGGCUUGGCAAGAACUCACAGAUUUGCAACUGAAACAGUUGAUCUCCCUGCUCAGGAAGGAGAAAGAGUGACUGUUGCUGUAGCAGCCCCAUUAAGUGCUUACAGGGAAAUCGGCCCUUUAAAGUUUAGUCCACGAGUUCCCAGUUUCUACCCUGGGGAGCCCAUGUGUCUAACCAAUCAUAGGGAUGGUAGAGAAUCUCGAUUGCUCAGAGCGCCUGCUAAAGAUGUGGGCAAGUCCUUGCUGAGUCCAUCCAUCUUAUUUCCAACUAUUGCAGUGUUUGCAACUGGGGAUGCUGCCUCUGGAAUAGUUGACUCUAGUUUGCCUCAGUUAAUUGCAGUUGCUGUGGCAUCUUCAGUUGCUGUUGCCGUGACAUUUAAUAGUUUCGUUCUUCCGCAGCUCAACAAGCUUCCUCAAAGAUCAGUGGAUAUAACAUCUGUAAGGCAGCAGCUGUUAUCUCAGUAUGACGUACUUCAGUCUCGUAUCAAGGAGUUGAAGAAAGCUGCUGAAAAUGAGGUUUGGAUGCUCGCUCGAAUGUGGCAGUUGGAGAACAAAAUUUAUGCUGUGGGAGAACCUUCUUACCGUGCUAGAAGACAUAAAAUCAAAAGGGUACGUGAGGGUUUGGAGAUCUCCCUCGAGAAUCGGAUUGAACUGAUUGAAAGCUAUGCUAGGAUUUCUUCCAUGAUCGAAAUUGAGGUAGAAUUGGACUCAGAUGUUCUUGCUGCAGAAACUGUCAGUAGCUCAGAAAACAUUGCUCAACAGAUUCAGCAAAUCAUGGAAAUCGAGAAUCUUGAAGAGAAAUGGAGACUGCAAGCCGAGGCUAACGAUGAAGCUGAACGGCUUCUUAGUUCCGAGCCUUCUCUUUCUGAACAGGUUCCAGAGAGGUAG